AUGCGGACAAGAUCGCCUCCGCAGCCUGGCGCGUCUAUGCUGCUGUUCGUGUGGCUGUGCCCGGCGGUGGGCGCCAUAUUGCUCAGCGAGUCCGUCGCGAUUCGGGUGGCAGAAGCCUCCGAGCUCGCCGCCGCCUCCUCGCCGCUCUUCGAGCCGCUCGCCGCGCUCCUCUCCGUCACCAUGUUUGAGCCGGCCUCGGAGGCGGCGAGGGCGACGCUGGCUCGCGAGACCGAGGCGGACCUCGUGCGCGCCUUUGCCGGCGAGAGCCGCCGGGCUCCCUCGGCGGUCGGCCGGUCUGCCCUGCUGCUUGCCGAGGACGGCGACCGCCUCGUCGGCGUGUGCGGCCUGCAGGCCCUCUCCCUCACGCCGGACGGGCGCGGUGAGCGGCUCCUCUCGAGCAUGCGGAGAGAGGAGCGACGCUCGAUGGCGGUGAGGCCGCUCCUCUCGAACCUGGCCGUCCUCCCCGACUUCCGCAGGAAGAGGAUCGGCAGCCGACUGGUGGCGCGCGCCGAGGCGCUGGCGGCGGAGUGGGGCUUUGACGAGCUGCUCCUGCUGGUCGGCGAGGAGAACCGGCCGGCGCGCGCGCUGUACGCGGAGCUAGGAUACGCCGCGGAGGGCGUCUGCGACGGCGAGGAGUGCUGCGCCGAUCCGUGGUGGUGGCCGGGGCGGGGCGUGAGCUGGGCGCCCUGCAGGAACGUGUGCAUGCGGAGGACGGGCCUCGCCGAUGAACAAUAG